AUGUUGUUGUUCAACCCCACCACUAUCCUGGUGGCAUUGCUACUACUGUACAUCUCCUCCUUUAUCCUCUUCGCCUUCGUACGCGUUGCGACCGGAAUAUCCAUUCAACGAAUCGGCUAUUUUUCGCUCCGCCGCAUUUCGUACGCACCCCGAGACGGAGUCCAGAUCGAUAUCAGAGGCUUGGGCCUCUCGUUACAUCGUCCCUCGUUCUCCAAGCCGACGUGGGUUCGGCUACGUCUGACCGAUCUCAAAGUCACCAUCGAUCCGAAACAGCUCAAGAAUGGGAACGGAGGCACACACGCAACCAAUUCUUCGUCUUCGUCCGCCGCGGCAUCGAAAAAUAAUUCGCCGGAGAUCCAGCAACAUGCUACUUUUGGUGGUGCACCGAAAAGCUCGAAACGGAGCGAGACUUGGAAACGGCUAACACGGUUGAAGGAGCAGAUUAAACGGUUGCAUAGCUAUAUACACUGGUUGGCCAUGGUGGAUGUGCAUGCCUCGAACACCAUGCUAUCCUUUGUCGAUGCUGGAAGUAUACAAGUUGGGUCGUUGACGCUGGCGGUUGAUACACGGAGGAAUAUGGUGGAGCGCGGUCGAUUAUUUCGCCAUAAAAAGCAGCAGAUGCAGGAACCACGGCCUGCGGAAUGGAUUAUGAAUGUUAGGAACAUAUUGCUUGCGGUGGAUGGACGGGAGCCAAUGGAGUUGCUGGACAAUCUUCAGGUCAAUAUCCAUGGCCACCUCUAUCGCGAUCUGGAGGGACUUAGAGAUACAUCCGUCGCUGUCAAAAUUGGUCGACUGCACUUUCCCUAUGACGAUUUGAUGACUCUUAGCCAGCAAAUUUCAAGAAGUCGAAAAACACAUCACAGACAAGACACAUUCAGCGAGACCGAAGAUGAAAUAUCGUUCGCUGAUUUUGUGGAAGAAUUGGACAAGCCUGGAUCUAGAGAGGAAGCUAUUGUGCAAACGGUCGCCGAUUCAAAGGAGUUCGUCAGUUCGAUACUGCGGGGUAUCGAAGAGAUCCAGGUUGCAUUGAGCUUCUUCCGUAUUUCAAGGUCGUUCCAACCCUCCUUGAAAGAGCAGAAAGAGAUGCAAUUAAACCUGGUCACUCACGAGAUCGGAAUCGACCUCCAUCGUAUGGACCCGAACUCGCCAGCUCAUCGCAUGUACUUUCAGAAGCGUGAUGUUGCCCAUCAAGCUUUAUUAGCCGCCAUAUCGCUAUCCGUGAGCAUGGAAGACGGUUCUGGGGUAACCGACAGGCUUCUCUACAUACCUAUGGCUACAACAACCAUUAAAACUACCCUGCCCUCAAAGACAGUGAGCUUCUCCGACAAGCACGAUGCAUCAGAGCGCAACAGCAAUGUCUUGUUCGCCAACAUUGUCAUAACCUCCCCCUCUCUAGACAUGGAGCCUCGCCAUGUUUCACAAGUCCUUCGACUAGCAGAAGCGAAGAAAUCGCCUCCUCGGCGUAAAAAGCGAGACAAUCACCGGAUCAUUUCACGCCUGCUGCCCAAAGCCAGGAUCAACUUUUCCAUCCAGGAACCAGUUGUACGUUUCGUGCUACCCAUACCCAAAGAAGCUCCAGUCGAUGGUGGAGACUACAACCUUCUUAUAUCCUCUAUCUCAUCCGUAUCACUGGACAUUGAAUCCUUUCACUCAGCCGAAGCUGGCUUCCAUUAUUCCCUCUCAUCAACCUACCGUGUUACCUCCCACCAGCUCUACUAUCAGACMCCCGCCGGUCUCAAACAUAAUCUUCUCCAAACACAGGACAUGGAAGUGCGCGUUCACUUGAACGCAACACCCGAAGUCUGCGUAUUCGUGUCGGGAAGUCUCAACUCAUUCUCGGUCCAUAUGGUGAACCCGCACGUCAACCGGGGCAUCAAACAGGUCAUUGAACAAAUCCGUGCUCAAAUGAAGCCUAGAAACCGCAUGCCAACUACAAACACGGAGCAAAAGUCUAGCUUCCUACGCCGUCUUCCUCCCUGGUUGAUGCGAGUUCAAUUCGAGGCCAAUGAAUUGACUUUCGAGGUUGCUGGGCCACCCCCUGGAUCAUCAGAGACAAAUCGCGGUGUCGCCCUUCACCUCGAUUCUUGGACCGCCGACUACCGAGCCCAAAAGCUUGAGCCGACCAGAUCGUCUACACGAAGACGAACAUCCAGCAAUUCCUAUUCUAAUAUAGGAGAUGACUCUCCUUUCCGUUUCCCUCCUACUUCCCCACCUCGAAGAACCGGCAAUGGCCAUGCCGACGGAAGAAGACUGGCUGUGCACAUUAGAGGACUAGAAGGUUUUGUGAUUGAAUCCGAGGACUACAUGGAGCCCGAGUCUUUUCUAUCGCUACCGCGGUGCGAAGUCGCGUUAAGUACGCACAGUGACCUUCAAGGUCCUAUCUUUCAUAUCAACUCUGCGAUCAAGGCUCUUUUCCUUGAAUUCUCGCUGUAUCGCACUUACUCCUUAGGAAUAGCAGUGAACGUACUAGCAGAAACUUUUAUGCGAUCUUCUGCUACGAAACGAUAUACAUCUCCCUCUACGGACUCCUCGGCUUCAUUACCUCCGCCUCCACGAUCACUGGCACAACGCGCAGAACUUACUACAGUUGAUGUUCGCGUGGGACUUAUACGGGUCAAGGGCAUUAUGCCCAAUAAUCCACGUCUAAUGUUGCAACUAUAUGGUGUGGCAGCCGGCAGCCACCGUUGGUCGGCUCCAUUCUUUAGAUGCCAGCUUGCCCGCUUACAUGUCGCUGCACCGAAGGUUCAGAAUGUGUGGGCUCGAAUACUGUCAAUGAAUACCGUUAGAGUUGAUUUGCGAGAGUCUAAACGUCGGCAUGGCGACGAACUGCGAGACGAACGAUCUAUUGAUGUCUCGGCAGACUGGAUCCGAAUUGGUGUUCCGCACCACUUGAUAAUGCAUCAGGUGUUUGACAACUUUACUGUCACUUUCAAGGCGCUAAAGACUUUGUAUCAACGGUUCAAAACAAACUCGGACAUUGACAUUUUGGAAAAAGAACCAGAAGGCCCCAAGAUAGUACCGCGGAUUUCGUUACGCAGUCGAACACUGGCCUUCCAGCUAGAAGACGAUGCGUUUGAGUGGAAACUCGGCUGCAUUUACCGCGCGGGACUUGUGGAGCAGCGCCAUCGUAUCGCCCGAGAGGAGGCCUUUAGACUGAAGACCCAGAAGAUUCGCGAUGCCGAGAAUAGGCGAGCUUCGUCACGCUUUCGUGCACAUUCUGCACACCCAGAAUCUCGUCUAGGACGAAGGAGUGAGGAUCGGAGACGAAGUGCAAGUAUAGGCCCGCGGGAAUCUAGGCAAUCGUUUGACGAUGAACCCGAUAAAUAUGGAUGUGCUCGCUACAGGACGGAUGGGGCUGCAAAUAUUUCAUCUUCCGCGAAAGUGUCGGACAAGGAAGCUUGGGCUCGCCUGCAGGAAUACAAUGCCCGAACAUGGAAGUCAAAAAUCGAUGCCGCAAUCCAAUUCCAGUCAAAGGCUAUCAGUGAAUUACGGAAUAUUUUUGCUGGUGCCGAUCAACCGCCAGAGGAUGUUGAAGAUGACGAGCCGAUUCUCGCAAUUCCUAAUCGUCCUGCACUCAUGGCUGCUCUGAUCAGUGAUGUACAUCUGAUAAUUGAUAAACCGUCUUUUCCGGUGCAGGAAUACUCGCGGUUCCUGCACCGAAUCGGAAAAGGCAUGCCUAUCGAUAUGAAGUUUUCCCUACUCAUACCUAUGAGUAUUCAUCUCGACAUGGGUGAGGCAAGAGUUACACUACGUGAUUACCCUCUAGACUUGCUUCAUAUUCCUGCGCUACGUCCUGGCCAGUCUCCGCGAGUACCGAGUUGGUCUCUGCAGACAGACUUUGUCAUUGCAGAAGAAUACCGCAAUCGCGAAUCGACACGAGACGUUCAGGUCUGUGUCGUCCCUCCGAGUAAACUUGCUGACGGCCAAAUGACAGAUGGCUUCUAUGUCACUGUCCGGCGAACCAUAGCUCCAGUCAAGACGUACUCAGAGCCAACUAUAGAUAUCAAUACAAGCUUACCAACAAGCAUCACUUGGUGUAUGUCGUACCAGCCGGUCAUACAAGAUAUGAUGAAGAUCAUCGAAGGAUUUACAAAGCCUGAAGUUGAUCCAUCAGAACGUGUGGGAUUCUGGGAUAAGAUCAGGCUGAGCUUCCACUCUCGUAUGAAAGUGCGAUGGAAAGGUGACGGCGAUGUGCAUCUACGCUUGAAAGGAUCCCGUGAUCCGUACAUCAUUACAGGAUUUGGGGCUGGCUUCGUGAUGUGUUGGCGAAAAGACGUACAAUGGAACAUUCAUCCGAACGAUGACCCUAAAGAGUUCAUGACCGUUACAAGUGGAGAAUACGUGCUUGCCGUGCCGGAUUAUAGUCAUGAGGCAUGCUAUUCGUAUGAAUACGCUCUGGAAAACACCAGGAGUCUACCUCCUAGUGGACAAGCGAAGAAUGCUGCACAUUUUAAGAAAGUGAUGAUGAAGUUGUCAGGUAGUGUCAAGUGGCUCGCAGGGCUGGUUUUUGAGCGUAAUGCCGAUACUGGUCGGUCUUUUGAUUUCAAGUCUCAUUACGAUGUCGUUCUACGGAAUCCCCAUUACAUUGAAGAGUCACAGAGAAAGGACUACGACGCCUACCGUGGCUUUCGAAGCAAUCAUAUUCACCUCUCCGUUGCAAUCCUGGCUCCAAACAGCGUGGACCAGACCAGACCAAACUACAACACCGUUCAUCUUACCCCUCGUCUCUUUACUCAUUUUUUCAACUGGUGGUCUCUAUUCUCUGGAGUCAUGUCUCUUCCUGUCCGGCAAGGCCCUCUUUGGCCUGGGAUUACUAAAACGAGUAAGAAGUUUGGCCGUCAUUUGGCAACCGUCAAGUACAAGUUACUGCUCUCGCCACUUUUUGCUUCACAUAUCUAUAAGCACAAAGACCCGGAAGACUAUGGAGAGGACGUGGUUACUGCCACUGGCAUCAAAGUUCGCCUUGCUAACUUCAAAUUUGAUCUCCAUCAACGGCGUGAGCGCGUACAAACUCCGAUCAAGGGUCGUCUCAAGCAGAUGAAGUCCAGUGCUAUGCGUAUCAAUCAAGCCGAAUUGGACUUUGAGGCAGCUGACUUUAGGGCUGUCUCUGCCAGUAUUGAAGGGACCACUCUGGACGACAUUUUGGAAGAUCACGGAAACAUUGUCGAGUCGUUUCAGCAACCACUGCCUGCGGUUGAUGUGUCUCGCUUCAACAUUCCAGAUCAGGAUUAUACAUGGAUUGAUAUGGACGAUUUCGUUGAGCUGGACUGGAUACUCCCUCAAGAGUCUAAUCCCAAGACUAAGAUCCUUCCUCUUGCAUAUACCCCUCGCUUCACAUACUUCAGACAAACUGAUCAUGGCGAUUCGCCGGUCACUGAAAAUGGAGUCAAUCAAUUCGGUGAUGAACCUACCCACGAAUGUGUCAUGUCUCAGGGUAAUGGCCCGUGGCAGGUGCAAAUGGACCUUAUCAAGGACCGUCUGGCCAAUCUUGAUGUACAAGCGACGAACCAUGAGUUGCAGCUCAGUGAGCAUGAGCUCCAACUUGUUAACGCAGGGGAAGAGAAUCACGAGUUGAAAGUGAAACACGAACUGUUGGUUCGUCAAGCUGAGGCUUUAGUCAGACGGCGCAAGUUUCUGAAUGCAGGGCUACGACGUCUCGAGAGGCUCGUUCUUGAACAAGACUCUCCGACUGACGACAGAAGCGAUGACGACCAAGGUAGUGAAUCUUCUUCCAGGAGCGAUAACGAAUCGGACAGCGAUAAAGAUGCUCCUCAGUUAGAAACAAAUUACGAAGCCCCAGACAUUGAUUCGGCCAAUGACUUCAACAACCGCUUCACAAUCCAUAACCCCCAAGUCAAAUGGAACAAUUCUCUGCGAGAUAUUAUGGUUAGGUAUGGCCAUCAAGUAAGUCAAAGGCGGGGGUUUGUCUACUACAUGUCGCAACAAGCGGUCAAAUUCAUUUCGGAUAUUGUUGCCGAACAGAAUAAGAACAGUCGCCGACAUAAAGGACUGUUUGAUGAGUCACCGGUCCGCGAGGAGAAAGGAGAAAAGGAUGACGAUGAUAGCGUGCAGGACCGUAUCGAACAGUUGCUGCAUGAUGCUAAGCGAUUCGUGAGCGCGGAUGAUCCUUCAGCUGCAUCGGCGUCAACAUCAGCUGAGCGUUCCCGUCCACGCUCGGCUGAUUUUACUGAGCACAUAUCGUCAGAGUUUACUCCGCAGCACAGCUACCACCUCCGUCUUAUUGCGCCUCAGAUUCAACUGCAGAGUGACAAGAAUCCGCGCUCUGUGACACUGGUGACGGCGAAAGGCAUGACUCUUAAAGUGCUGUCUAUCAUGGACAAGCGUCGAGUCAGUGACGAUGUUAGUGGAUUAGUCCAGCGCCGAUUUUCGCUAAACAUGGACGGCGCUCAGUUUUUUGUGGCGACACAGAAGAAUCUCAAAGCCCAUUUGCAAUUCUAUGCAGGCAACAAAUAUGGCAAUGCACCUGGAUCCGCCUGGCCGCCUUGGCUCACUUUGGAAGCUAUGUUUGACUUUGAACUUCUUCCGUUUGGUUUUUCAAGGAUUAUUCAGCGGACUUCGGCAAGCCUUCGAUAUGACAAGUACAACAAUCUUCGCCUCAAAUAUAAUGACGAAGUUUCUCAAAAUGACGGUGAUGCCGCGCAUUAUCAUGACGCUGCCCAUGGACGUGUCGACCAAGUCUGGGUGAACUUUCCAGACGUUAGAGCUAUUUGUGACUCUACCGAAUACUAUUCGAUAUACAUCAUUGUAUUGGAUCUGUUGCUAUACAAUGAGCCAUUGGAAAAGGUCAGAAGUGAGAAGUUGGAAAAGAUCAUGUUUGCUUCGGAUUUCAGCGACUUGCGCGGCGCACCGGAGACUGUUUUCAGACUGCAGGAACGUAUUCGCCAGCUUGAAGAGAUAAAAGAAUACUUCCAAGUUCAAGCACAUCGCCUCGACACUCAGGGCUGGCAGGAUAGGAUCACACUUGAAAGGGAUCUGGCCAACUGCGAGGAAGAGUUGUUCUUUAUCAUGAAAGCCAUAACCACAUCGCAGAGAAGGACUGACGAGCGGACUUUAUCUCAGUCUAGUGCUUCCAUGCGGUAUUGUCUGUCGGCUUCCGAUAUCGUCUGGCACUUGAUGAGAGAUAAGAACGAGCCGUUGGUGGAGUUCCAGUUACGCAAUGCUUCAUAUGAGCGAACAGAUAACACAGACGGAUCGAACCAUAAUUUGAUCGAGGUUCAACGUUUGUACGCGCUGAAUUUGUUGGAGAACGCCAUCUAUCCGCAAAUGAUUGUUCCUUAUAUGGAUCACAAGAGUCGUACUGAAAUGAGUGGCGAUAUGAUGCUUCGUGUCCAAUGGUACAUGUUGGAAGCUGUCGCGGGUAUACCGGUGUUAGACCAGUUUGAGGUGAAUCUCUUCCCGCUCAAGGUUCAAUUAGAGCGAGAGCUAGGCAAAAAGUUGUUCGAGUACAUAUUCCCUGGUGUCGGCUCUAACGCGUUUGAGAAUGGCGGCUUCUCCCCGUUCAUGGUCAAGCAUAUCAAGCCCAUGAACGAGGACGAAGAGGAAGAGGAAGCUGAGGCGAGCGGCGUUGGAACGCCUGAUUUUGUGUCUACACCGCGCAGUCAAGGCAGUACCUCAACAGGAGAAGACCCACAGGAUCUUACAGGUGCUGGGUCCAUUGAACUGAGACUGCAGCCUACAAUGACACUUCCGGACAACAGUCACAAAGCAGCUCAACCGACCCGCUCAAACCGACUCAAGGUGCCACCCUUGACGAGAAUCCAUAAAGACAAGACGGACAGACCGGGGCUUGGUCUUCGUCCGUCCACUCAGAGUGGUAUCAGCAAGAAGAAGUCUACUGAGAGUCUGCGUGCACUGACGCGAACGUACACCGAGAAGUCAAUUGGAGCAGCGUCUAAUGCAUCUGGUAGCACGGGUGAGAGCAAGAAGUUCUCGUUAGUCAAGGGAUCGAAAAAAGAACAGACUGAUGACCUCACUCAAAUGAUGUCGCGCGCCUCGAACUACAUGAUUCUUGCACAUGUCAAGAUCAACGAUGUUGUGCUUUGCCUGAGUUACAAAGGUAAAGGAGAUCGCAACAUUGAAGACGUACACGAUUUCGUAUUCCGUCUACCAGUUCUCGAAUACCACAACAAGACAUGGUCCAAUCUCGAACUUGCCCUGCGUCUGAAGAAGGAUGUCAUCAAAGCAUUGAUCUCGCACGCUCCUGCCAUUCUGGGUAAUAAAUUCUCCCACCCGCGUCCCAGUAAGCAGCAGCAACAAAGACUCCGAGAGCUAGCGUCCUCGUCACAAAUGCUACCUGCCUCCGACACUGCUCUCAACAGCACCAUCAACCUGGCCUCUGCGACGCAGAGCCUGAGUAGCCGCGACUCAGCCAGCAGCCACCGUAACCCUCUUGUAUCAACCUCCGCCUCUUCCUCUUCCGCUCACAUCCACGGUCCCUCCUCACUAGCGCAAUCCGUCAGCUCCGGCGCGGGGACAUAUCCACUUACGAAAUCCGUCUCGUACUCCUCGUCCAGCAAUUUGAGUUCCCGAGAACCGAGUAUCAUGAUCAACGAUUCCCCAGUUACAAGGGACGAUAAUUCAAUUGCUCUGUCAUCCAACCGAAACUCGAGAGAAGAGCGUCGUCCGAUGACGUCGCAUAGCAUUGGAGGCUUUUCGCAAGAUGAAAGUUCGAGGAGAAGUAUCCGAAGUCUCGGUCGCAAACUCCUUCAUCGCCACACCGUCAACGACUGA